UUGUCUUCAAAACAUGGCUGAAACUGCCACGACAUCUACGAAAUCGUUUGCAGAAAAGCAGCGUGAAAGAAUGGCGCGUAUGAAGCAACUGCACACGCAACGCAACGAAGCUCGCGCCUCAAAUCAUCAGGAGGUCAUCGCGGAAGAUGAGCGCAAGAAGCUGCCUGCGAAUUGGGAAGCCAGAAAACGACAAGCUGAGUGGUUGAUAGCGGAUGUGAACGCACGAACAGAAGCGGAGACGAAAGGACUGGAAUACAACCGUGUUAAAAUGCUGAACGUAUCGGCCGCGGAAGCAGAUCGAGUCGACAAGCUGAAGGCGAAAAAGAAGAACGCGGAUCCGGGUUUUUCCGACUACGAGGCACAAACAGCACGCCAGUACAAUAGGCUAGUCAAAAGCAUGCCUGCCCCAGAUCUAGCCAGAUAUGAAGAGCAGAAAGAAAAGUAUGGUGAUGCUUUCUACGGCGGACCUAACGUAGUGCUGCAGGGUCUGCACAAAGAUACCCCAAGUGCUAUCGAUAACAUGGUAAAGGAUCUUGAAGGGCAGAUCGCCAAGCGAAAGAAGUUCUCGCGAAGACGUACGCAUAACGAUGAUGCUGAUAUCGAUUACAUCAAUGAGAAAAAUGCACGGUUCAACAAGAAGCUGGAACGGUUCUAUGGAGAACACACGGCAGAAAUCAAACAGAAUCUGGAGCGAGGAACUGCAAUAUAGGGCUUAUGUUAAGCAUU